GUUGGGUGAAAAAAAGCCACGUGAAGCAGAGCUCCUUCAGAUUGGGCAGUACAGCCUCCGUAGUCUUGUGUCCCUCUCCGAUUGGUUGUGAUGCGAAGUGGGCGGGCCUCGGCCUGCCAGGGGUCGGGGUGUAUUUUCACGCUGGAGGAGUGGAGCUGCGCUUGUCAGAGACAGAAAAAGGAACUGGUGUGCAGUCUGCGGCUUGUCGUGGUUUCAGGGAUGCUUCACAUCGAGGAGCAGUGACGACCUGAGCACAGGAGCCCCGCAGCGCGUCGCUUCAGGUCAUCCCAGCGACCAGAGCCCGAGUUCAAAGCAGCCAGUGUUCGUGAAUGGAGCAGCAGCAGCGGGGUCUCUGUAGCGUCACCGCCUUCCAGUGUGCAAGCCGCGGGGCCGGGGUCUCCAGCGGCCAGCCCUCCAUGCGUCUGUGCAUCACCUCCACGGCCGGCAGCCCGGUGGAGCUGACCGUCCCCCGGGGGGAGACCGUGGAGGCCCUGAAAGCGCGCAUCUCCCAGAAACUCAGACUGCACACGGACAGGAUCGUACUCCUGCAUAAAGACAGGCACCUGACUGCAGGGACGCUCCUGGACCAGGGUGUAACAGAUGGCAGCAAACUGACUCUGGUCCCAGUCAUUGAAGCUGGUUUACUGUGCUCGACUACCAGGGCUGAAAGGACUGUUAUGGAUGUGUUGGAAAGUUUAACAGAAGUCCAGAUUAAUGACUUCCUGUCUGGGCGCUCACCUCUGAACAUUAACCUUGGAAUCGGUGCCCAUGUGAUGUGUGUGGAGCUCCAGCUGUCGGCGCAGGACGUGAAGGAGCUGCUGCUGGACUCAAAGGCUCACGGCAGCAACGCGCAGACGGCCAGCAGCACGAACCACCCUCACUCUGCCUCGGCGUGGACCUCCACCACUGGACCUGCUACCUCAUCAGCUUCACAGGCCUCAUCUGCAACUCCAUUCUCUGUUGACUCUUUGUCCUCGUUUCAGUUUAACACUCAGGGACCCAGAACUUCACUGAACUCACAAAACCCUUCGGUUCCAUCCAGUAGCAUCCCUGCCACAAACUGCUGUAAUCCCUCUUCUCUGCUUAAUUCCCACUCUGAGCACGGAUCUCCGCACGCUCCUUCUCCUCCUUUGCCCUGUGGUUCUCCACAUCCAGGCUCUCCUUUGCGAGCGACUGCACCGGUCUGUUCAGCCGGUCCCAUCAGCUCCAGCCCGGCACCCCUGAGCCCCACAGCAGCCUCGACCUUCACAGAGAGUAAUGCUGAUGCUUCAUCCACUGCACAGCUGCCCAAUCCUCCAGGAGCUGUCAUAGAGAGUUUCGUGAGACACUCACCUGGCAUCUUCUCUGGGACUUUCUCUGGCACCCUGGCCCCUUGCAGUCAGAGCGGUUUCAGUCAUCCUCGACGUGGUGUCGCCAUUAUUCUCCAGAUCCUCAACGACCUCCUCAGAGCCGCCUACCACCACCAGGGGGCUCCAGUUCCUCUUCCUCUACACCGCUGUCCUGCUCCAGGCGCUGAAGUCAGCCCGCUGCUCACAGCAGAAGAGCCCAGACCACCAGCGAUGCAGAGGACAGAGCCCCUCUGCGGAGCUCCAGGUGACGUAGCCCACGAGGGUCCCGUCGUGCACUCGUCCACAGAGGAGAAUCAAACACUGCACUGUAAGCUAGAGCACCUCCAGCUCCUGAUGCACGAGAGGCGUCUACGCAGGAGGGCUCGCAAGACCUCGCACCUCUCACAAGGCUCUCAUCCGUACCAGAAGCGCCACCAUCACCCCUAGUCUCUGAAUGUAAAAAGACCCGCUCACUAUGAUAGAUACCAGAGCUGACCUUGCCGUACAGGGCUACGAAAAAAAAAAAUGAGCCUUUGUUAGUAUUUUUCUACUAUCUGAAACUAUACGUCUAAAUGUUGUGGCUUUCUCUGUGUGAUGUGUAAUCUGAGUCUGUCCUUCAGUGACUGCAGCUCCGGCUGUUGCAGUAUGUAGCACGUGUCACAUAGAUUUCCCUGUUGGUGUUUUACUCUACGUACUCUGAUGCCUUAACUGUACAUGUUUUGAAUGUAAGACUGUGUUUCGUUCCAUGCAAGCAAUGUUUCUUGAAAAUAUCUUAUUUAUGAAAUACAAGGAAGCAAAAAAAUAUGCAAAUAAUAAAGGGAAACAAUAAAAAAUCUGA